AUGGGGAUCAUUAACUGGGUGCAGAAUCGACUCAAUGCUAAACAAGACAGGAGACGAAAUGAGGCUGCUGCUGCUGCUGCAGUGAGUUCAUCAGCUCGCAGCCGAGGAGAGAGUUGCCGCCAAGAAGCUCGCGAUCAGGAGAAGAUCGCCGGCGAUUGCUGGCCGGUGGGGGGAGCCCAUGGACUGCUCUCCAUCGGGACGCUCGGGAACGAGUCGCCGCCGCCGGCGGCGGAGGAGGCGGCGUCGGCGGCGCAGGACGUGGCGGACUUCACCAUCGAGGAGGUGAAGAAGCUGCAGGAGGCGCUGAACAAGCUGCUCCGGCGAGCCAAGUCCAAGUCCAGCAGCCGCGGCUCGACGGCGGACCACGACGACGACCAGCUGCGCGCCGGCGGCGCCGCCAGCCUGCUGCCGCUCGACAGGUUCCUCAACUGCCCCUCCAGCCUCGAGGUCGACCGGAGGAUCUCCCUCCGGCACGCGGCGGCCGACGGCGGCCAGAACGGCGAGUUCUCGCCGGACACGCAGAUCAUACUGAGCAAGGCGCGCGACCUCCUCGUCAACACCAACGCCACCACCACCAUCAAGCAGAAGUCCUUCAAGUUCCUCCUCAAGAAGAUGUUCGUCUGCCGCGGCGGCUUCUCCUCGCCGUCGCCGGCGCCCAGCUUGAAGGAUCCAGUGGAAUCAAGAAUCGAAAAGUUGUUCAGGACGAUGCUUCACAAGAGGAUGAACGCUCGUCCGAGCAAUGCGGCGGCGGCAUCGUCGAGGAAGUACUAUCUGGAGGACAAGCCGAGGAGGAAGAUGCAAAGCGAGCAUCUCCAUGACGAUGAAGACGAUGAUAGUGGAGAAGAUAUCUUUAAGUGGGACAAAACAGAUUCAGAUUUCAUUGUUCUAGAGAUGUAA